UCGCCACACUAGCGGCCCUACAGCACUUCCCCACAAAUUGUCGAUCAGAAUAUCAUCACUACGAUAAGAAAAUUAGGAUUUUACUCGAUUUGAAAUGCUCGAAUGUUUGUUUACCAUACUCUGUGCGCUCUGAUUGCCCGCCAAAUGCCCCAGAUGUUGGCUACGAUAGCACUUGCUUGAGCGCCUUGUCCACCGGGUUGGAUUUUUCCGAUGAAUUUGGAACCAAGAUUCCGUGUAUGCAAAUUACAGAUUUUUUGACAGAAAUACAGACUUUUCAAAUUUUUAAUUGUGGUAAUUGAAUAUUCAGUUAAGAGUAGUAAAAUUCAAUAUUCAGUUAAGAGUAGUAAAAUCGUUAUCCUGAUUGUGUGGUAGUACUGAAAAAAGAAUUAAAAUUCAUAGGGUCACAUAAACCAAUGAUUGUUUUCUUGUUCUUCUGUUAAUAACUCCCGAAUUUUCACGUUUACUUACAAAAUAUUUGUGUAGAACGAAUCGAUAUAUUUCCUUUUUUCUGCUCUGCAUUUAUGAGUGUAAGACGAAACGUAAAGAUAGUGAUAAUAUUCCCAUUUUUCUGACAAUACCAGAUAUGUAACGAACAUUUGUGUAAUAACCGUAAUAAGACUAAUAUAUUCGAAAGAGAAAAUAAACGAAAAUCUUUAAAUGGCUUUUAGGUUCUUUUGAAAUGUUUACGUCGAUUUUUCUCUUUAAAAUACAGUUUCAAAUGUGGCAACCCUGAUGGCUAAGGUCAAUUAGCUAUUUUUGAUUUGUUUUCAUUUGAUUCACGUGUGAUUAUUAUAGAAUGUGGAUCAUAAAUGUUUUGUUUGAUGCUCAGACCGGACAUACUGUUAAAAUGUAUGUUUGGAGUGUUUCAGAAUGUCUAUAAUACCUACUAAAAUUUUAUAGGCUCUGUGAAACCAGCAAGGUUAAUAAAUUGAUGUUUUUGUUUUGUCAAUCGACAUCCAAGCAAUCCAGCGAUAUUGAAGUCUGCCGCAUGUAGUUCCGCUGUCAACCGGAAAUUUCUAUUUCUCAGUGAACUUUUAGAAGGAGUGGUGUUUCGCCGGUAAUUGGGCAUUGUAAUUUCCGUUAAUUCUUCAAUUCUUUGUAGUUAGAAAAGCGGUUUUCGUUUUAUUACCACAGAUUCAAGAGUCGCUCAUUUUUCAUUCGCCACGUGGCAAAACGCAGUAUCGAUUGAGGCAAGCCGAAAACCUAUUAUGUCCAACCUCAUGCAACCUUCCAGAGGAGCCACUAGAACGAUGAUCACUAAUUCAGAGGGUUUCCGUUGUACCCUUUGUGGUGGACUUUUCGGGAAAUGUUAUCUGCUGAGAUCUCAUCAACAGAAGGUGCACGGAUUGGUUCAACAGAAUGAAGAACCGAAAACGGAACCAUCACCUCCCAGUGUCACAACCGUCAUCAUUCCAGCUAUAAAAACUCCUGCAAUGGCGAUAUCCAAGGCCAGAGGCGAGAUUCCAUUCGCGGUGCUGCAUAUGAUCGAUGAAAUCCCAUUGAUUGUUCGCGUUUUGGAUCAGGGAGAAUACAGCAUUUUGAAGGCAGCUGAGAAAAGUGAUUUCCGAGAAUCCCAGCAAGGUGGUCCAGGGUUGGACGAGAAUCAAAGUGUUUCGAUAGCUGUGGUUGCAACGAUUUAUCAAAGAGUAAGUCCGGAUGGCAACAAAUAUUUUGCAAUUUCGGCACCGGUCUCCUGCUACCAAACGCAAGCUCCAUCCACGACCGGUAGGGAUACGGAAGAGCGAAACGGAGUCAUGCAGGAUUCUAUUGGAUGUGCAAAUUUGCUUAAAACAUUGACGCAACUAAAUGCGCCGGAUAUUAUCGCUAAAAAAGUUCCAUCGAAAACCAAUAUUUUUACAGAGUCGCAUCCUUCUACAUCGGGCGCGAAUCAAUUGAAAAGAAAGUACAAUAGAAAAGUAAGUCUCCCACCGCUUAAGAGACCACCUAAGCAACCGAAAGUUAUCACUGUUGUCGAUGGGCUGCAGCAGUGGGACACUGGAAAAAGAUCUAGAACCACUCAAAGAAAUUUUCAAGAUAUCGCAACAGGUUCAUUACUUUCACCCAAACGUGCUCCUGCUGCUAGAACUGUUCCACCAUCCGCGGAACCGAUUGUCAUGGAUGAAGAAGACCCGUUUGCAAGCCUGAACGUGUUGGAUUUGAUCCAGGUUGAAGACGAAAUACUUCCGCAAAGAAUGGUUAUUGGUGAUUUAAGCGAAGAAAUUUUCUUGCCCAUUGUUUAGAUCUAAGACAAACUUACCUUCUACGGAAAACUUUUGCUGCUUCCUACUAUUUCCUUUGUUUCAAACUAAAACUAUUAAGAACUAAGCAAUCUAGUCUUUGUUAGCAUUGGAAA